AUGGCUUCCCUCCCCAUCAAGCUCGCCGUCCUCGAUGACUACCAUAACAUAGCAGCACAGCACUUCGCCCACAUCGACUCGUCCAAAAUCAAUGUCACCGUCUACAAAGACACAUUACCGUCAUACGCGCACCCCAAAACAUCUGAUGCCGACCGCGCCGCCCUCAUCGACCGCCUCAAGCCUUUCUCCGCCCUGUCCACCAUGCGCGAACGCACCCCGUUCCCGGGCGAACUACUGCGCCAACUGCCGAACCUCAAGAUCAUAUUUGCGACGGGCGGCAACUUCCAGAGUUGGGAUCUGGAUACAAUGAAGGAUAUGGGCAUCACGGUAUGCGCGGCGCCUGGCAAGGGCAGGACGGAUGGUAAGGGUAGUGGUACGUCUCCGCGAUCACUGCCGGUCAAGCAGGGGGGUGGGCAUCCGACGACACAGCAUGCCUGGGCGCUUAUACUGGGUCUUGCGCGGAAUGUUGCUGCGGACGAUGCUGUGGUGAAGGGCAAGGGUAGGCCAGCUGGGUGGCAGACGGAGCUCGCGAUGGGCUUGCAGGGGAAGACUCUCGGCUUAGUCGGUCUAGGGAGAAUCGGCGCACAUGUCGCGAGAGUUGGUGUUCUCGCUUUCGGCAUGAAAGUCGUGUGUUGGAGUGCGAACUUGACGCAAGAGAAGGCCGACAAACUGGCUGAAGAGUGCGGACUUCCAGUGACAGGCGGAGGAAUGACCGAUGCGAACGAGAAGACAUUCAAGGUCGUCACCAAAGAGCAGCUUUUCACAUCCUCCGACGUAGUAAGCCUACACUACGUCCUCAGCGAACGCUCACGGGGUAUCAUCGGCGCACAGGAGCUGGGGUGGAUGAAACCGACCGGCCUCCUCAUCAACACUUCGCGAGGCCCACUUGUCGACGAAGCUGCAUUGCUUGACACGCUCCGAGAUGGCCGCAUACGUGGCGCUGCGCUCGACGUAUUCGACAUCGAACCUCUCCCUGCUGAUAGCCCGUGGCGGAGCGAAGACUGGGAUGUCAAAGGCAAGAGCAGGGUGUUGCUGACGCCACACAUGGGGUAUGUCGAAGAAGGUACUUUGACGACCUGGUAUGAAGAGACAGCAGAGAAUCUGGAGAGGCUGGUAGAAGGGAAGGAGUUGUUGCAUCGAAUUAUCUAG